AUGAGUUUUGAUGUCGAUAAUCUCAUUGAUCGUCUUUUGUCAGUUGGAUUGAGCGGUGGUGUCGCACUUACCAAAUGUGUUUCUGAACAAGAAAUUGUGACAUUACUUGGUAUUGCUCGACAAAUUUUCCUCUCUCAACCACCUUUAAUCGAAAUUGAACCACCUGUUAAAG